AUGUAUGGAUACGAUGUAUCCCGCAAUACAAUUUACCAAAAUAUUAUUAUUUUUACCAUCGUUUUUCAAAGGGACAGUGCAAUAAACUGUGUUGGAAAGAAUGGAGAAACUGAGUGUUGUACUGGUUAUAAAUGGAAUGAAAUCACAAAAGAUUGCAGCACAAAGUGUGAUCCUGGUUACUUCGGUAUAAACUGUACCGGUCAAUGUAGUCCUGGUCGAUAUGGAGAGGCCUGUGCCUUUCAGUGUGUCGAGUGUGAAAAGACUGAGUGUAAUGUUUCAUAUGGAUGCCCAGUGACCACAACAGAAAAUAUUCAAGGCCUUGAAAACGGAAGCUUGGCUCCUAAACCUGAAGAAAACCACGAAAAAGAAAAGAACGCAGUGAAUAUUUUGCAGAUUGUCUCCCUUGCCUUCUCGGUUGGAACGUUUGUAGUUCUGGUCAUGUUAUUGGCUUACAAGCGUACCCACAGGAACGGGAUCAAAGUGACUGCCAAUCCUCGACCUGAAAAUUAUUCCAAGACACACUCAAACUACCAGACUCUUAAUGAUAUGGCCGUUUACAGCGGAAUGGCAAAGGUUCAGAUAAAUCUAAACACAUCGGAAAAAACGUUCACCGUUUUCCUGAAUACUGAUUCGGAAGGAACAACCAACAUAGAAGCAUUGCGUCGGUUGGAGAACAAAGAAUCCGAAAAUGCAUGCGCUUUGGAUGCCUCUCUGAAUGGAAAUGCUAAAAAUUAUGAAACUCUUCAAUAACUAACAUUUCUCUAGGAGGACGAAAUAUUCUAUGUACAUUUUAAUCAGCGAUAUGUAUGUUUAUGUAGAGAUCAUAUCUAAAUUAUUUAAAAUUUUACUUCAAUCUAUUUCAAUCUUUCAUGUUUUCAAAGGCACAUAUUUUAUUUGUUACAAAGACAUUGUAAGACCUAAGAAUUAAGAAUACAAACUUUUCAAGGAGAGAGAGAGAGAGGGAGAGAGAGACUAAAACAUUUUAUUUGAUUAUUGUCAAACUUUGGUAAA